CUUGUACUAACCCCCUCAAUAUUCCCUCAAAAUCCUUACAUUUCCAUUACUUUUCUGUUUCUCUCUGUUUUCUUCCCCAAAGAAUAAGAGUAAAAAAAGAAGAACAGAAAGAAAAUAAACCCACCCUUUUAUAUGUUCUUAAGAAUCGGUGUUCAAAAUGUUCAAAAUGUUCAAAAUGUCAAAGAUUAUGGUGUUGUUUUUGGGUUUGUUUUUGUGGGUUUGUUCAUCAGGAAUGGCCUCUGUAACUUAUGACCACAAAGCCUUAAUCAUCAAUGGCCGGAGGAGAAUCUUGAUCUCUGGCUCUAUUCAUUAUCCAAGAAGCACUCCCCAGAUGUGGCCGGACCUUAUACAGAAGGCCAAAGAUGGAGGGUUGGAUGUUAUUGAAACAUAUGUGUUCUGGAAUGGCCAUGAGCCUUCUCCUGGACAGUAUUAUUUUGAGGAUCGAUACGAUUUGGUGAGAUUUGUGAAGCUUGUUCAACAAGCAGGCUUGUAUGUUCAUCUCCGGAUUGGUCCAUAUGUUUGUGCAGAAUGGAACUUUGGUGGAUUUCCUGUUUGGUUAAAGUAUGUUCCUGGGAUUGCCUUUAGGACAGACAAUGGACCCUUUAAGGCUGCUAUGCAUAAAUUCACCGAGAAGAUUGUGAAUAUGAUGAAGGGGGAGAAGUUAUAUCAAAACCAGGGAGGACCCAUUAUUCUGUCUCAGAUUGAGAAUGAAUAUGGACCGGUGGAGUGGGAGAUAGGUGCUCCUGGUAAAUCUUACACCAAAUGGGCUGCUCAAAUGGCUGUAGGUCUUGACACUGGAGUGCCAUGGGUGAUGUGCAAGCAAGAGGAUGCGCCUGACCCUGUGAUUGACACCUGCAAUGGAUUUUACUGUGAAAAUUUCUGGCCGAACAAGAAAUAUAAGCCCAAAAUGUGGACAGAAGCCUGGACUGGUUGGUACACUGAGUUUGGAGGCCCAGUUCCUUACAGGCCAGUUGAAGACUUAGCCUACUCUGUAGCAAGAUUCAUACAGAAUGGUGGUUCUUUAGUUAAUUAUUAUAUGUACCAUGGAGGAACCAACUUCGGUCGAACUGCAGGCGGGCCAUUCAUUGCCACUAGCUACGACUACGACGCUCCGAUCGACGAGUAUGGCCUAUUAAGGGAACCGAAAUGGGGACAUCUAAGGGAUCUGCAUAAAGCCAUCAAGUUGUGUGAGCCUGCUUUAGUGUCGGUAGAUCCUACUGUGUCAUCGUUAGGUAGCAACCAAGAGGCUCAUGUCUUCAAGACAAGAUCAGGGUCAUGUGCUGCUUUUCUAGCCAAUUAUGAUGCAUCCUCUUCUGCUAGAGUCAGCUUUGGAAAUAAUCAAUAUGACCUACCACCUUGGUCCGUCAGCAUCCUUCCUGACUGCAAAACUGCCAUUUUCAACACUGCAAAAGUCGGGGCACCGAGCACACAGAUUAAGAUGACGCCGGUUAGUUCAUUUUCAUGGCAUUCAUACAAUGAAGAAACUGCCUCUGCUUAUGCUGAUGAUACAACCACCAUGGCCGGGUUAGUGGAGCAAAUAAGCGUCACCCGGGACACAACAGAUUAUCUGUGGUACAUGACAGAUAUAAGAAUCGACCCAAAUGAAGGCUUCCUGAAGAGCGGACAAUGGCCUCUCCUCACCAUCUUUUCAGCAGGCCAUGCAUUGCAUGUCUUCAUAAAUGGCCAGCUAUCUGGAACUGUUUAUGGGAGUUUGGAUCAUCCCAAAUUAACAUUCAGUAAAUACGUUAAUCUAAGGCCAGGAGUUAACAAGCUUUCCAUGUUGAGUGUUGCCGUUGGUCUAUCCAAUGUCGGCGUGCAUUACGAGACUUGGAAUGCUGGUGUUUUAGGCCCUGUCACUUUGAAGGGACUAAACGAGGGGACAAGAGACAUGUCUGGAUAUAGAUGGUCGUACAAGGUUGGCUUGAAAGGAGAAGCCAUGAAUCUUCAUUCUGUUAGUGGAAGUAGCUCUGUUGAAUGGGUGACAGGCUCAUUGGUGGCUCGAAAACAGCCCCUCACAUGGUACAAGACAACUUUCAAUGCCCCGGGAGGCAAUGAACCGUUGGCUCUAGAUAUGAGUAGCAUGGGGAAAGGUCAGGUAUGGGUUAACGGUCAGAGCAUCGGGCGCCAUUGGCCUGCAUAUACCGCUCGGGGUAGCUGUGGCAAAUGCAGCUAUGCGGGAAUCUUUACUGAAAAGAAAUGUCAUUCUAACUGUGGAGAACCGUCACAAAGAUGGUAUCAUGUUCCUCGUUCUUGGUUGAAAUCGAGUGGGAACAUAUUGGUGGUUUUUGAAGAAUGGGGUGGCAAUCCUGAGGGGAUCUCUUUGGUUAAGAGAGCCACUUCCUGAUAAUACCAAGAAUCUUUCAAUUUCGGCGGUCUGCAGCUAAGCUCAACCAUGCCUCGUAUUUCUCUCCGGUUUUACUAUAUACAUUUAGAUGUCUCAACAUAUAGUUCAUCCCGAGUGGCGUAAACCGAUUGCCAAACUUAGGUCGAUAGCUUUGCGCCUCGGACCAUAUAGCUACACCGACAUAGUGUUUGAAUUCGCAAGAGAAUAAGUGGAGAAGAAUACCAAAACCAAACACCAUUUUUAUGUCAAAUGUAGGUAGUGAAGAAGUUUGCUAUGUACAUAGAAAGAAAAUCUAUUCUUGGAGUUGAAAACUUUUAUCCCAUAUUCAUGAUUCGAUCAUUGGUCGAGAUUGUAAUGUUUGAAUACGAUACAAAUAAUAAAUAAAGUACAUAAUCAUUAUACUUUACUUUUUACA